AGUAUAAAUUUUUAUCCCAUUUCAAUUUCAUUCAGACUCCCUCCCACGUAUAAUAAUUAUAAUUAUGACCAUGCAUGCAACCGCAAAUUCAAUUAAACAAAAAACAUUUGUAAGGGCUCGGCUUACUGUCAUUGUAGAUAAUGCUAUCAUGGCUAGGCUAUUUAAUCACCGUUAUCAACCUCGCUAUCAACUGAACGAAAGAGCUGGUCAUUUCUCUGUAUCUGUGAGCCUAGACGACACAGUCUUUGUGUGGGCCGGGAGACAGGAUGGCCGUUUACCUGAAGUACAUGAUAGUGAAGAAAAGAGAAGGACCACCAGUAGCAUACAAUACCUGUCCCUUUCAACUGGCCAAUGGGUCAAUAGAGAUACUACUGGCUCUCCUCCAUUAGGAGUGAGAGGCUACUCCUGCUCUGCAAUCAAUAAGAAGUUAUAUUACUUUGGAGGGUAUUGUGGUCAUGACGUCUGCUUUCAUAAUAGCAUUACGGAGCUCGAUACUGUCACUUUCCAAUGGCGAGUGAUUGAGGCAACUAAUACAACUAGGCCGGUUAUGAUGAGAUGUCAUGGUGGAAUGAUCACAUUCGAGCACAACGGAAUGCAUCAUUUACUUAUAAUAGGUGGCAUCGGAUCCAAACCAACUCUACAAGCACCGCAUACCGAAUAUACAAAACUGCCUGACGGUAGAUGGCGUACUAACGAACACUCAGUUUAUAAUUUAUCAUCAAGAAAAUGGAGUAACCCCUUAAUUGUCGGUCAAUACCCCCCACAUAUUCACGGAUUCAUCAUUGAAAAGAUAAACAACACAAAAGCUAUUCUGUUUGGUGGAUCAGAGAGUGAUGACACUGUAGGGGCUGUAUUUGUCAGUAACCAUAUUUAUCAACUCGAAAUAUCAAUUGGAACAGUGUGUUGGCAGCGUAUAAAGAAGCCUCAAGCAAUGAGUCUUUGGCCUGAAGUGAGGUAUAUUCACGCUGCUGCUGUUAUUCCUGGAUCAUCUCCAAUGCUACUGAUAAGUGGUGGAAGGGAUAACAGUGAUGACAUAAUUGAUGAUUGCUGGAUCUUAGACAUUACAGAAUACUCAUGGCUAAAGUUAGAUGUACCUCACUGUAUUAGUAAGAGAUGGGGCCACUCUCUCUCAGUUUUUAAUAUGAGUCCUCACUGCAUCUGGGUAAUAACUAUUGGAGGACUAGAUGAUAGCAAGAAGUGUGUAAAGUUUCCUAAUACUGUUAUGCUAACGGAAUUAGUUACCAGUGGCAAGGGAAACUGGAUAGUAAGUGCUACAUUAAACUCUCAUGAUUUGACCACUGAAGAAUACAGGACCAUGUAUCAUCACCAGCUCAAAUUAGUACGGAAAGAAUGGCUAGGGGAGUCUCAGCAACUCAAUGACUGCAAGGUAGAAUUGCAACAAAAGGAAGCUGAAUUGCAACAGCAGAAAAAUCAAAGGGAGCAAGACGCACAAUUCUUUCAUAUUCGAAUGGAGCAGAAGGACAGAGAAGAAGCUGUGAAAGAGCAAGAGAUGCUAAGGUAUCGCUAUCAGUUGCAAGAGAAAGAAAGAGAACUACACGAGUCUCAGGAAGCAAAUCGUGUUUACCAGCAGCAAGUAGUAAGGAAUGAUCACUGGGUCAUUUGUAAAGAUGAAGUGAUUUUGACACAUAAGGAGCUAGGAAGAGGAUCCUAUGCCAGUGUUAAAGUAGGAAUCUUUAGAGGUUUAAGAGUAGCUGUCAAGUCACUUCAUACUAUCAUCAUAUCAGAAUAUAAUCUAGCUCUUUUCUCUAGGGAAAUGAGUAUAGCAUCACAGCUACGUCAUCCUAAUUUGGUCCAGUUCAUUGGUGCAACCAAAGUUGGUAAUCCUCUCAUAUUGACUGAGCUCAUGAGCACUAGCCUUCAUAAAGAGCUUCAGAAGAACCAAUUGACAAAGGAGCAGAUUCUCAGCAUUGCUCAAGAUGUAGCUUUAGGCCUCAACUACCUUCACCUGUUUAAGCCUCAGCCUAUUAUUCACAGAGAUGUCAGCAGUCCUAACGUAUUAUUAAAGCCUUGCACUAGACCUGCUGGUUAUGAUGCCAAAUUAGCCGAUUAUGGUACAGCUAAUCUUCAAGAAGCAGCCACUACUGUUAUGCCAGGUAAUCAAGCAUAUGCUGCACCAGAAGCCUUUAAUCCUGAACUACAUAGUCCAGCAAUGGAUAUUUACAGUUACUCUAUUCUUCUAAUGGAAAUGGUCCUUCAUCAACCACCAGCCAUGAAAAGAGAAGCAAGGGAACAACAAGCCUGUCAAGUCUCUUGGUCUACAAUGAAAUCAAUAAUUCAAACAGGAAUUAACACUGAUCCUAGAGCUCGACCUCAUAUGACCCUUAUUCUUCAAAAACUUAACGAGUAAAAUUAAUAAUUUUAAAUUAUUUUGUAUUUUUUGAAACAUUGACAAAAAUGACAAAUAA